AUGGAUGACAUGCCCGGUGUGUCGUGUCUCCGUUCCGUCGUCGCCUCUCAACAGACGUCGCGUGAGGCAAGAACGAACCUCGACCUGGUUCAAGACCUGGACCGCAGUAAACCAACGCUCGCUACGCCGUUCAAUCCCUCCUCUGUCCAAGGAACAUCAGGAACAACAACAACAACAACAACAACAACCACCACCACCACCACCACCACCACCAUCAUCAUCCUCCUCCUCCAUUAA